GACAGCGACAAAACAUUCGACCGCAGCAAUCGACAACGUCCCCCAUCGACAACCGCUGCACGGAUCUUCUUUCACCCAGAAGAUUCUCAUUACGUCCACCGGAGGCCUUCUCGCACGCUCCGACAUCAUGGCUGACACUCCCGUUACCUUGCGCACGCGCAAGUUUAUCCGCAACCCGCUCUUGAACAGAAAGCAGAUGGUUGUUGACAUCCUUCAUCCUAACCGAGCAAACAUCAAAAAGGAUGACCUCAGAACGAAGCUUGGAGAACUCUACAAAGCUAGCAAGGAACAAAUAUCGGUAUUUGGUCUCCGCACCCACUAUGGUGGUGGAAAGACCACCGGAUUUGCCCUCAUCUACGACUCUACCGAGGCCUUGAAGAAAUUCGAACCCCGUUACAGACUUGUCCGCUAUGGUGUCGUUGACAAGAUCGAGAGACCCAGUAGAAAACAACGCAAGAGCAGCAAGAUCAGAGCGAAGAAACUCCGAGGAACGGCAAAGGUCAAGGGUGUUAAGAAGGCCAAGAAAUAAGCAGCUUACUGAUGGUUGCCAGUUUGGCGGUUGGGUUGGAGUCUUGCACCUCGAAAAUUAUCUUGAUGAACAGCACUUCUCCAUAGUUGCUCGACAUUAUGUGUCCCAGGACAAUCAAUGGUGUACGCUAGCUAUGAAUCAAAACCAACGGGUGGGCUUACUUAUGCGGCGUCACCAGAUGGAUAAUUAAAUUCAAAAAUGUUUCCAUUU